GCUCGGUCGUUUCCGUGUAACCGGAAACGGAAGGUGUAUAGUUGGUACUUACUGGGCGCAAAUCUGGGGGAAAGAUCUAAUACAGAACGGUAUAUAAACCACAGGCAGGUCAGGAUGUGUCCUUUCAUUCCUUAACACUAGCAUCCAUGUCUCCAAGCUACUCUCCUACCCACCCAGAGCUCUUCACCGUCCAGUUUGGAGACGGUGAAUUUAGUGCUUUUCUUCAAUCGAACAAGACCUUUGAAGCAGGGGAAGUCAUCGCCAAACUAGAGGGCAUCACCAUUGGAACACCCAAGCGAUACACUUCAGUACAAUGCGGAGAGUACAGCCAAGACAACCUUGAGCUGAACUCUGACCUGCGAUUUGCCAACCACUCUUGCGAACCCAGCACUGACUGGGAUUUGUCGUCGCCCAACCCAGCUGACUGGCACGUUCGUGCUAGGAAGCGUAUCGAAGCCGGCGACAGCAUUACCUUCUUUUACCCAUGUACCGAGUGGGACAUGAUCCAGCCAUUCAAGUGCAGCUGUGGUGCACCCACCUGCUUGGGGACCAUUCAAGGCGCAAAGUACCUGGAUGUCAAAGAAGUGACCUCUCGUGCAUUCAUAAACCCCUGGAUCCGUCGCUUGUUGAAGGAGAAAGAGGCUUUGAACUGAUGACCUCGGUCCACGGGCUUGCGUUAUACUGAAGAAGGCUGUAAGAACCGUCCCUGUGAAUAUUUCUGUACAACUAGUGAGAAUACGACGUUUUGCCGAAGCGUGCAUCCGAUCCAA